AAGUGUGACCAGCAAGCCUGCAACUAAGCAGCCUGACAAGGACAUUGCCAGGUUUGUACUGGUCUCUCAUGCAUGGUCAUCAGCCAACAUGCCGAAGAUCGAUGAAAACUGGGAUCCAGAACUGGAAGGACCUGAAAAUGAUGGGAAAGUCAAUGAGGAAUGGCUGAACAAUUCCACAAUGGAGAACAGGGAAGAGGAACUGGACAGAUCUGAGACUCCGUUGACCUUGUUGACUGAUGUCCAAUUGAAGCCUGACAUUACAAUAUUCUGUGAGAAGACAAAGAGCUAUGUGGACAUUGCUGACUUGUGUGAACACAGGAGGCGUAUUCGUGCGCUAGAGGUGAUGAGAUAUAAAGACAUGAACCAGCCUGACGAUACAGCCAAGCUCUUCCAUCGGCGAAAUAAUCUCAUCAAACAGAUGCGUGCAAAGGUCAGCGAAAAUGAAACAGUGGAUCCUAAAGAGGUGCAAAAAGUCAAUGAAGCUUAUGAGUUGCUGAAAGCAAAUUUGGAACAGACUUUUGAGUCUCAUCGGCGAGUGAGACGAAACGUCGACACAAAAGUUCGUGGAGUUUCUCUGAAUUGUAGCCCGAAUUGCAUUCAGGCAGUUGGAAUUUGUGCCAGCGGAAAUGAAAGGUGGAAAAAUGAAAUGGAGGACACUCGUGUGUAUCAAGACUGCUAUGGAGGAGAUCCACACAAGUGUUUCAUGGGACUGUACGACGGACAUCAAGGCCGAUUCGCUGCGGAAAUAGCAGCUUCUGAACUUCACGGGCUGUUACUUCAUGAAAUGUCCAAAUUCGACCCUAGGACAAAGUGUACAGAAGGCGACAAUCUCACUGAUGAAUCUGCUGUGUCAAGGUAUACGUUUGUCCGUCCAACGACAAAGGAAAGUGAACGAGUUAUUUUAUUUGAACAAAGCAUUGACAUCGUCCAACAAAUCAGAAAACUGUGUGAAGAAAAAUAUGAAUCUCUUAUGCAUGAAAAAAUGGAACCUUGCCUACAGAAGUCUAAACAGACGUUGAAGAAGUUUGAAUCUCAGUUAAGCGAAAAUAUUUCAAGCAGUUUCAAGAAAGUCCAUCAGUUACUGGAUAUUUUGUUGUCUUAUGGAAAAGAUGAAUGUUCAAAAGUACGAUGGAGCGGGUGUUCUACUCUAAAUGUUAUCAUACAGGACUUUCAUAAGAAAGAUUCGUCCCAAGAAGAAGAGCUGAAAAAGGACGAAAGCACUAACGAAGCUGAUGACAACCAGCCAAAAUCAGAGGAUACCAUAGGAGUGAUUCAUCUUGCAAAUUCUGGAAAUGUAAGAGCACUGCUGAUCAGGGGUAACAGACCAUACCAGAUGUCCAGAGACCACACCCCAUAUAACCCUAAAGAGAAGGGAAGAGUUUUGAAAGCAGGUGCAACUCUUAGUGAAAGUACUAAAGACAUCAGAGUUAAUGGUGUCUUAGCAACCACCAGAGGGCUUGGUAACCACGGUGAUAAGAAGUUGAAGAAGUGCAUUCUGGUCGAGCCGUACACGACUUGUGUGCCUGUUGAUGGCUAUGCCCAACUGCUUGUGUUCGCCUCACACGGAGUCUGGGAAGUCUUCAACAACAAUGAAGUGACAUCGUUACUAGUCCAGUUGUUACCUAGCAACCGGAUACCGCCUCCUGAUCGGAUAAGUUCCAGCCUGAAGCUGUUUAUCUCAACGCUUUCCGAAGUGUCUCGCUGUCCAUCUGCUGCCACAACCCAACAGAAAGAUAUCAUCCGUAGCCGACGACAACACGCACCAUCACUGUCCAGCACUGAGGCAGAACUGUCGCCGAGGUGGGAAAAGGAGCACAAAAAGGUCAUCAGCAAACCUGGGGACGGGGAACGUGAUGAUAUCCCAGAGGAAGUGGAAUCCAUGGGUGACCGGUCGAGAUCUGGACAGGUUGACAAUGAGAAUCUGCCUGGUGGCCAUGUUGGUUACCAUGGUGACAUGUACACUGAAGAGGGCAGCGGCAUGGGAGAUAACUCUGACAAUGAGUCGGGACAUGACGGCGACAUUGACACCGUUGGAGACCGCACAUCAUGUCCAGCUCUGUCCAGGCUGUCAGACAACAUUCCCACAAGUCAAGAGGAGGCUCAGAGAGAGGUUGCCAAGGCGAUGGCUGAGUACUUGGUCCAGGCAGCGCUUCUGGCAGGUGCCAAGGACAAUAUUACAGUGUUUGUUGUUCUUUUGCCAGGAAGUGGUCUCUGACACAACAAAACAAGAGAAAGGAAAUGUCCAUAUUACACAGAAAGAUCACUGAAAGCUCUAUUUGGACUUUAACAACUUUUGAAAACUUUAAUAAGUUGGAACAUAUAGCUUAAAAUAUUUAUUGAAUUUGAAUAUGUGAACAUCAUUCCUGGAUUCACGAACUAAGCUAAUAGUGUAAGGUGCCUGUCAUGUCUUUCUUGUCACCCAGCAGUGCUACAUUUAGUUUACACCCAUAAUCAGUUACUGAAGGCUUGCUUGAGUCCACCUCUUGAAUCAUCCUUCGUUAAUCACGUAUCAUAAUUUUCAAAUAUCCAUAAUACUAUUUAAGAUACAAAAAUUGAUGAUGUUAAAAUAGCUAAAUUGCUAAAAAAGUUAAAUUUGGCCAGCCAAUGGGUACUAAGUUCCAAUCUGCAGUGAGCAUAUUCCUCAAGUGGAAACUAUAAACUAAUUAGUAACAAUUAGUAUGCUCCACAGGAUGUAAUUCAGCUACUAUGUGCGGGUCCUGUACAAUCAUUAUCACUGGUCUGUCGUAAAUAUAAUUAUUUAGGAGUGUAUAUGUAUAUAAUUAAUUAACUGUUCUCCAAAUACAGUUUAUUUAUUGAUUA